AUGUUUACCAAAGUGCUACAACUUAUAAUUGGUCUAGUAUGGUUAACAAAUAGAAUACACAGUUGCUCGUGUCCUGGUUCUCAACACCCGCAGAAUCAAUUCUGCUCAUCUGAUUAUGUAUUUUACGGCGUGGUAAAAAACGAAGAGUUUAUAUCAGGCCCAGUAGAUGAUACUGCAAACAAUUUAGCGACUUGGAAAUAUACGUUUGAAGAUAUUUUCAAAAUGAAGGGAGUGACAGAAGAAGUUGGACAAGAUGUUGUCAUAGAAACAGCAGGGAAUGGUGCUCUCUGUGGAGUUCGAUUAGUGGUCGGAAAUGGUUAUAUCUUAAUGGGAAGAACAAAGGCCGAUGGAACGAAAACGAUAGGAUUGUGUGAAUUCAUAAGUCAAAUUGGCAAUUUGACCCCGUUUCAAAUGGCUUACCUGUUUAGCAAUGGUUCUUUUUCUUAUAAUGGAAACUGUAGAACAUGUAGAAGGAGAUGCAAAAUUGGUCCAGAGUCAAGAGAUUGCAAAUAUGAUCCUUUCAAUCCAAAUAAUGGUACUAUCUGCCUUGCUAAAAAUGCACUUUGCCUACGAGAAGGACGGCAGUGCCGCUGGAUUAAUAAUGAAACAUGUUAACGACCUCAUGUCAUCAACAUGCGAACCCCAAUGGCUGACUGAAAGCACUUGAAAUUAUUAAAU